AUGUUUCCGACCAUCGUCCUCGUCGCUUUCUUUGCAACAGUUACAAAUGCCAAGGGCGCAUGCUACGUUCCCAAUGGCAUCGAUCGCCAUAGCCUCAGCAACAUUGGCGACAAUGACAAUGCUGGGAUAAUUGGGGGCGCCGUUAGCGGAAGCGUUGCUGCGGUAAUGGUUCUAGGGCUGACCUGGUUCAUCUGGCUCAGGAGGAGGAAGGCUGCCAAGUCUAGCGGUGCCAGCAACAUGGUCAACAUGGUCGAGCUGAACAGUGGCGAGAGAAAGGAAUUGUAUUCGCAGAGGAUGCCACCUGGAUACUCAAGACAACCUUCCGAGCUCCCUACGACGGCCCCACUCAUUGAGCUUGGAGGUGGAAACUUGCCGCCCGGAGCAGCAAGAUGA